AUGGCCAUGAGCAACUUAACUCCAUUUUUAGCUUCAUACAAUGAGCUUAUCGAACAGUGGCAGGAGCUAACUCGUAUCUUGAAAGGUAUAGAAGAGAAAUCAGUGGGGUUUCCAGAACUUAUUCGGAUGAUUUGGGUUUUCAGACAGUCUUGCGUUGAGUUUCAAAAAUUUCAGACCAAGCUGGAUUACUUCAACGCAGAGUCUCCAUCUGGUGAUCUCUUCGGUCACUGGCAAGAAUUAAGCUCUGAUUUCAAUAAGAUUCGAGCUUGUUUUGCUGCUCUUGAACGGAGCAUUGACAAGUAUCACCAUUCCCGAGCAAUGGCUAAACCAUCUCCUCUUACUCCAGUCGAUCUAUUUCGCCCAUCUGCCGAUUUUCCCAAUAUUCAUGACAGCAGAUCUAAUAUGGCCAAAAUGCGAGGCUCAAGGAUUAUUAAGAAGAAGCCGAGAAAACUCAUUAUCUCCAUUCCGGUUCACACAUUCGAGGGUUCGUUUUUCGACGGAACCAAAAAAGCGCGGAUUGUAAAAAGGGAGCCGGGGGAGUUGACCUUAAUCCUUCGAGUGAGCAAAGAGUAUCUAAGCUUAAAUGCGAGACCUCAAGUAGAUAUGGAAGAAGAAAUGCGACUUUCUGUUUUGCGCCAUCAAAAAGCAAAAGAAGAAGAGGCAAGGAAACAAGCAGAGGCAGUUAUAGAGGCAGCGCAGAGAGCAGCUUUCGAGAAAGCAGAAUCUGAAGUGAAACUUCAAGCAGAACUUGAAGCAAGGCUCCAAGUGAAAAUUGAAGCAGAAUCUCAGACAAAAGCUCAAGAGACUCAACCUCAGCAGGUCGCCAGCCAUACUCUGGUGGAUCUUAAUGAAAACAUCACUCGCAAUAACUGCAAAAGAGCUUUCACUGACGACGGUAUGCCUUUACCAUUGUCAAGAGUUCAAGCACCAGACAUGGAGGAAAUACGAGUUGCUCUUAUUACUACUACAAACCAGAUGUACGUCAGUAAUAAACAAACAGUCAAAGCUUGCGCAAUCAAACGUAGAGUUAGGAAGCAGCUUCAGCUUGAUAAGAAUUUCUUCGAGGAGAAUGGUUGGCCAAAAAGAUGUGAAAUCAUCAUCCUGGAGGCAUUCAAGGAGGCCUGGUGUUCCGAACUUGUGGGAUAUUAG